AUGGCUUUGAAUAUAAAGGAUUUGUGUAGAUUGUGUGCUAAAAAGGACGAAUUUUCGAAGGACUUAAUAGAUGAUUCUAACAAAAAUGUUCUAAAAAUGAUACAAGAAUUUAUACAAAUACCGGUCCUCGAAAAUGAAGAAUUACCCACGAAAGUAUGUUUAAAUUGUGAAGAUAAAGUGGUAUCCUUUCAGCUAUUUGUAUUAGAAUGUCUUAAAGUUCAAGACACACUAAGGAAAAUGUAUAUAGAUUCAUGUGAAAAAUAUCCUAUAAAGAUUGAGGGUGAUGUGGUUGAUUAUGUUGUAAGGCCAAUAAAAGAAGAGGUUAAAAUUGAAUUAUCUGCUGAAGACUUAGUAAGUGCUAUUGAUAAUGAUGGAUCAAUGUCUGGUUUCGAAGUACAUGAUUACAACAGUGACAAUAAACACGACAGUGAUGGCGAUUUGAGUGAUGUAACAUUAGCUACCUUGAAGGAGUCUAAAGCAAAAAAAGUCAAACGAAAAAUAUUAACGCAGGCUGAAGAAGUCCAGUUCCAAAAGAUAUUAAAAAAAUCCAAUUUAAAUGUUAAAGAUUUUGUCAAGUUGCAGUGCGACUUAUGUGAAGAAACUGUUAAAACUUGGAGUGGAUUAAGAAGCCAUUAUGCUAAAAUUCAUAAAAGUAAACCAAUGUUAAGUUGUAUUUGUGGUUUUGUUAUAAGAUCAAAAAGUGUUCUAUACAAACAUGUGUCAGAUCACAGAGUAGAGAGCCGAAAAAUUAAAAAGAGUGUUGAUUCAGAUUCAGAUAAACAAGAUGAGGAUAAAUAUUCAAGUCUAAAUGUGACUGAUUUUGUUAACUUCACUUGUUCAACUUGUCAGAAGCAGUGUAAGAGUUGGUACAGUCUAAGGUCCCACUGUGAAGAGGAACAUAACAUAAUGCCUGUAGUGAAUUGUAUAUGUGGAAUUACUCUAAAAUCUAAAUCUGUUUUGUACAAACAUGUACAAGAUCAUAAAAAUCCAAAUGUCAUUUGUUGUGAUAAAUGUCCAAGAAUAACGAAAACAGUGGCAGCAAUGAAUAAACACAAAAUGAGGCAUGUACCAAAGUCUGAGAGGAAGUUCUGUUGUUCCUCCUGUGAUAAAGUGUUCAACUCAAAAGAUACGCUGAAGUCGCACGAACGCUCGCACAUACCGAUAGAACAGAGGAAGAUAUACCGCUGUGAAAUAUGUGAUUUGAAGUUCACGACGCGGUCGUCGGCGGCGUCGCACAAGCGCGUGGUGCACGACAAGAUCAAGAGCUAUGUGUGCGACCUCUGCGGCUACGCCUGCGGCACCAACGGCGAGCUGCGCCAGCACCGCGCCAUACACAGCGACGACAAGCCCUUCGUCUGCCGCACCUGUUCUAAGCCAUUCAAGACGUAUUCGAACCUGAAGACGCACAUGGACACGCACUCGGACACGUCGUACGCGUGCUACGUGUGCAGCCGCGUGCUCAACAGCCGGCGCACGCUGCGCAAGCACCUGCUCGUGCACGAGGACAAGUGCCGCCACGUCUGCUCCUACUGCAACAAGGCGUUCAAACGGCGGCAGACGCUCAAGGUGCACAUGUACACGCACACGGGCGACAAGCCGCUGAGCUGCAAGUGGUGCGACGAGCGCUUCUCGUACGCGUCCACGCUGCGCUCGCACCGCCUGCGCUGCCACCCCGACAAGCUCGCCGCGCAGUACUCCGCCUGCUCCGCGCACGUCGCCGGGCACGAGGGUUACAUCAAAAAUGAUGCGGUUCCUGCUAAGAGUGAUGUUGAAGCUAUU